CACGGUCGUGCCGGAACGCUCGCACGCAAUCUCAAAGAGAAACACACAUGGAAGUCGGGCGGCGAUAGAAUUGAUUCAUUUGUUUUAUUUUUCGUUCAAAAAACCUCCUUAGAAACCCCUAGCGUUUGUCGUGUUUAGAACAAAACAAAGCUGAAGUAUUCAUCUAAGGUUUAAAGCUAUCUGGAUGCCUGUAAUGUCGACUCACGUUGAUCAGCGUCUUAAGGACAGCCCUGCAAAAGGGCAAGAAUCCGAGUCGAGAAUUGUAACUGAUGAAGAUUUUGAGCAAUAUCUAAGAACGAACAACGAGCAGACUAACAUUGGGAACCAUGUUGGACAACCAACAAAUGCCUCGGAAGCAUACUUACCAGCAUUUUACGCAGCAACCACUGUGAACUCUGGCCUACCACCGAUGCCGUUUCCGUACAUGAGUACUGGAAUGGCAGACACUUGGUCGACUAAUAGCGCUUCCCUUUUUCCUAACACAAACGGUGCUUUCCCCUCAAUGCCUGACCAGAUGCUACAGCAAAACCCAGCAGUUGCAAAUGCUGGUUAUUUGAACGGUCUGGAUGGUCAUGUGCCGAACACAGGCCUGCCAAAUAACAUUGCCUACCUAAAUCAACAGGCUUUGUUCUUCCCUGGGAACACCACUGAUUUAUCAUGGGGUGGACAACAGCAAACGUCGUCCGGAUCAAUCUUGGGGGACUUUUACCAACAACCUGCUAACAUUGCCGUGCAUGAAAAUAAUGGGCAAGAAACCGUUGAGAAUAAGGGAGUUGAACAUUCUCUUGCUGGAUUAAGUUUGCAACAAGAUGAAGCAAAGGUGAACGGCGAGGCAAAGCAAAAUGGAGAUAUGAACACUCCUGCGCCAAGCAAUAGCGGUCCACCCAAGCCCAAAUCAUGGGCUGCAAUUGCAAGCCAGCCUGCAAAACCAAAGCCACCUGCACCGAAGGUAAAACCAGCUGCUCCCCCAAUGAACUCUGGGAAUCGGGAUACCAAUUCUUGGAAUGGUACAAAUUCAUCUGUAAAGUCUGGGGCAAAAGCUGGUGGAACUAGGGGCUCUGGUCAGCAAAGGAAUCGUUCUGGCGGGAAUGCUGGUUUGUCGAACAUUUCUGCACCAUCCCAGCCUGUGGUCCCAGUUUUGGCGAGACUGAGAUCAAUUAACGAUUACAACCCGAAGGAUUUCAAUUUACGGUUAAAGGAUGUUCGAUUUUUCAUCAUUAAAAGUUACAGUGAGGAUGACAUCCAUAGAUCGAUCAAAUACAGCGUUUGGACAAGCACGGAACAUGGAAACAGGAGAUUGAACGAUGCUUUUAAGGAACAACAAAAGAAAGGGCCGAUGUACAUGUUGUUUAGUGUAAAUGGGAGCGGGCACUUUUGUGGAAUUGCAGAAAUGAAGUCGGAAGUCGAGUACGACAUUGAGACAGGCAUUUGGUCUCAGGAGAAAUGGAAAGGAAAAUUUGCUGUCAAGUGGCAUUACGUCAAGGACGUUCCCAACAAUGCUUUGCGGCAUAUUCGUUUGGAAAAUAACGAUAACAAGCCGGUCACCAACUCUCGGGACACUCAGGAAGUUCCACCGGAGAAGGGGGUCCAGGUUGUUAAAAUUAUUCAUUCCUACAAGAAUCAAACAUCCAUUUUUGAUGAUUUUGGCCAUUAUGAAAAGCGUCAAGAGGAGGAGAUUAAGUCUAAGGGCAAAAAGCUUGUUGGAGUUGAAGCCCCAUGAGUUGUUGUUGUUUUUCUAUCUUGGACUUAAAAUACGUUUUGCAAUUUCAGUUAACCAUACAAAUACAUUUAGCCAUUGGGUUGUGCAAAACAUGCAUGAUUUUUGUAUAGUUGAACUUUUAGGAUGCGUAAAGACUUGAAUUGGGUUGUGUGGGACUCAUAGAAUAUUUGAUUAUAUUGAAUAUAAAAAUUGCCUUGAUGUCGAAUGUGCUAUUCCUAGUCUUGGCAAAAACACAAAACGAAGAGCUGAAAUAUAAAAAUGAAAAUGGA